AUGCGGCGACCAAACGACGCCGGCAGCGGCGGCGACGCGGGCGAUUGGAGGCGCGGCGGCGAUCCCGCGGAGUCCUCUCACGCGUUCGACGGCAGCGACGACGAGCCGGCGACGACGGUAGCCUCCUCCGGCGACUCGCUGUGGCAGUGGCGGAGCCAGGGCCUCUCCGAGGUGGUGCUCUCGUGGUCGGUAGACCAAAUCCUCAACAAGGAUCUGCUCCGUGAUAAGGUGUCCAAGAUCCCUCAGACGUUUAACAGCAUGGAGCAUUACAUGACAUCGUUUUUUGGACCACUUCUAGAGGAGGUCCGGGGUGAUAUGUCCUCAAGCAUGGAGGACAUCUCUGGAGCUCCAUAUGCAAGAUUGCUAUCAAUCAAUGCAAUGAGAAAAGGGAAUGGGAUGUAUGAGAUCAAGUUCGACAGAUGGAAGGGAGUGUUUCCUGGUUCUGGGGCCGAUGGAUAUAGGCCGAAAGCGGCAGAUAUUCUACUUAUUUCAGAAACAAGACCAGCAAAUCAAUCUGAUAUUCUCAAACAGUCCAAAUCCUGUGUCAUCGUAUGGAUUAAUAAGGUUCAGGGUAAUAAAAUGACCGUCAAGGCAUCACGGAGGAUGGAGAUUGGGGCUGAUGGAGAUGAGCGGCACCCAAUGGGUGUUCACAAGUAUGAGAAGUUGCACGCUGAAGAUUUGGACAAGUCGUGGGAGAUAUUGGAUCAAGAAGCAAUGCAGAAAUCCAUCAACUCACGUUUAAAUGAAAAAAACAGGAAAGAACCACCAAAAGGUAGAAAGUCCCUUGAGAAGUGUAGUGAUCCGCUGGAACAAAAUGGCACAGGGAUGUCUGGAAAUUCAUCAAGGCGAUGGUCCUUCUAUGCUAUGAACCUGACUAAUAUGAUAACAUAUGAUCGUGUUUGGAUUACGCUCCGAAGGGGGCUGACAAUGCAGUCAGAAGUCAUUCUUAACAUGCUGGGCAAAAACAAUUAUGCUAUUAGACAUUGUAGGCACUGCAGCAAUGAAUCACAUGGUGAAAUCAAGGACGAUCUUUGCAAUUUUAAGUUGAAUGACUCACAGCUUGAUGCAGUAGCAAGUUGUAUUUCAGCUAGUAAUUGUCCUCAUAGAUCAUCUUCCGUGGGGCUAAUUUGGGGCCCACCUGGCACAGGUAAAACUACAACGCUUGCAGUAAUGCUACACAUGCUUCUGAUGAAGAAACAGAGAAUUCUUGCAUGUGCUCCAACCAACAUGGCUGUCUUGCAAGUAGCUUCUCGUCUUAUUGGGUUGGUUGAGAACUUCUCUCUAAGCCAUCAUUAUUCCCUUGGUGACAUCAUUUUAUUUGGUAACAAGGACCGUUUGCACAUUGGCAAGGAGUUGUCAAAAAUAUAUUUGGAUGACCGUGUCAAGAGUUUGCUGAGGUGCUUCAACCGAGAAGUUGGGUGGAAGCAUUGUGUGGAUUCUGUCCUGAAAUUCCUAACAAAUUGCAUUUCUCGGUACAAAAUGUCCCUAGACAUAGAAGCAAGCAGUGAUGGUUGCAACCCCACUUUUAAGAAGUAUUUUACAAGUAAAUUCAGCAUUUUAGCAAAAGAACUGGUAGCAUGUAUUGAUACAUUCUUUGACCAUCUUCCAGCGGAUACCCUGGGCAAGAACUUUGAAAAGAUGAUGUUUGUGAAAAGUAUGAUAUAUAAACUGCAGCAAUUAGUGUGUGCAGAUGAUGUCUCUGAUGAGCGUCUUUUUACAAUCUUCGAGCCCUCCGAUGAACUUUCUGACCCUUCUAUUGAUCAUGAUGGCCUGAAAGAUGAUGCAACUGAGGAUCUUCCUGACUAUGACAUCUCUCUAGAUAACCCUUUGGAGAUAAACUCUAAGUGCAUUAAAACCCUGAUGGAUCUUUCAAAGAUGCGGCUUCCUUGUGAAGAGAAUGAAUCUUCCAUCAGAGACUUGUGUUUGAAGCAAGCGAAACUCAUAUUUUGCACUGCUUCUGGUUCGUUUGAACUGUUCAGGCUGCAAGGUGUGAUGCCUAUAAGCAUCUUAGUUAUUGACGAGGCAGCACAACUAAAAGAAGCCGAAUCACUGGUUCCUCUCUUGCUACCAGGAAUAAAACAUGUGCUGCUAAUUGGGGAUGAAAACCAGCUAUCAUCAUUGGUCAAGAGCAAGAUUGCUAAAGAUGCUGCCUUUGGACGAAGCCUCUACGAGAGAUGGUGUGAAAUGGGUUACGACAAGCACUUGCUGGAAGUACAAUAUAGAAUGCACCCUUACAUUAAUAAAUUUCCAAAUGCUAACUUCUACGGUAACCGAAUUUCGGAUGGUCCCAGUGUCAAACGGGAAGAUUAUACCAAGAGUUAUCUCCCCGGUCGUAUUUAUGGUGCCUAUUCAUUCAUUCAUAUUGAAAAUGAUAUGGAAAUGCUUGAUGACCUUGGCCAGAGUUCAAAAAAUAUGCUGGAGGUUGCUAUAGCAGCCAAUAUUAUUGAAAGACUUGCGAAAGAAUGCUGGGAGAAGAAGCAGAGAACCAAUGUUGGUGUAAUAUCUCCGUAUACCGCCCAAGUAAUUGCAAUGCAAGAAAGAAUUGGAAGAAAGUUUGAGAAACAUGAGUUUCUGUCUGUUACAGUAAAAUCUGUUGAUGGAUUUCAAGGUGGCGAGGAAGACAUAAUAAUAAUUUCAACAGUUAGGUCCAACAAAGAUGGGAAAGUAGGUUUUCUCUCUGAUGCUGGAAGAAUAAAUGUGGCUUUGACAAGAGCCAAGUACUGCCUUUGGAUCCUUGGAAAUGGAACCACUUUGCUUGCUAGCAAUUCAAUAUGGGCAGAAUUAGUCAAGGAUUCAAUAAAACGUGAGUGUUACUUUGAUGCUCUCAAGGACAAGAAUUUAGCAGAAACAAUGAGGCUUGCAACAAAGAGAAGUGGCCGCACAAUUGAUGCAACUGGAGUGCCAUCUUGGUCAGUAAGGGCAAGGGGUGAUUUAACUGUGGCUGGCAGCAGCCCACCGAUAAGACGGAGUCAGCUUCCAGUUUCUGGCAGUGCACGGAGCAUAAAUAAUUCUUAUGAUUCGCGACCAGAUGGCCAUGAUUUGCGGUCAAAUGCUAGUCGGCCAAACAGAUCUAGUUUCUUAGCUCCUAGAGAGGACAUGCAGAGAACACACUUUCAGCAGCACAGAACCUUUUCUGGUGGUGACUACUACAAUCAAUCACGAGGUGUCCCUGCUAAUCAAUAUGGGCCCGACAGGUGCAGGCCUUCCUGUGACAAAUAUGGUGCUCCGGAAGGGUUCAGAGGACAGUCUGAGCGGCAUCUCGGUCAGCGCCAUCAUAACAGAACUGUUCAGGAACCCUUGUGCAGCACUUCUCAAACAGGCAAUGGCAGGUUUGCUCCAGGAUCAGUUCGGAGGGCAGGAUCACACAUUUCCAACGGUAUUCUUGGCGCAUGGCAGCCUUCAAAUUGCAACAGGGAUAUUCAGAACAGGACAACUUCUCCGUUAUGGCCAGUUUCUUCUCAAAGAAGGUCCAGUUCAUAUGGAAAUGCUGAUCCUCACCUUUGGAGUAUGAACAAUGAGAGGCAGCUCAGCAGUCAUCCGCAAGCACCAUACACAUACAGAGGACGAGCGCCACACAGGGGAGUUGCUGGUCGAGGGAUAGGAAGGCCUUCAUUUCAUGAGAGACUAACUAGGGGUGGCCGGGAUGAGCAUGCCAGCAACAAUCGGAUGGAAGAACCUCAUAGUGGGCGGCAGCAUAACACUUCUGAAGCCGUGUCCCGUGGUUUGCCAGUUCCAGAGCAGAGAGGGGUGAAAAGAGACUGGCACGACGCAGAAGCAUCAGAUUCACCUCAGCAGAACAAGACAAAAGUAAGACCUGCUGUUGAGAGUGCAGAUGGACCUCAUCUUCAAGGGCAUGAUUGCAGUUCUGGUGUUGCAUCUAACAAACUGGCAGUUCCUGAGCAGCCUGAGAUGGAAGUAGAUGGGUGUAAUGUAGAAGCAUCGGAUCCACCCCACCAGGACAAGACAGAAAUAAGAUCUGAAAGUGCACAUGAACCUCAUCGCCAACCUCAGGAUGGCAGUUCUGGGGCCGCUCCCCAGAGACCGCCUAUGCCAGAUCACCCCGAACGUAAAGCAGAAUCAUCAUGUUCACCCUGCCAGGACAACACAGAUGCGAGGCUCGAAAAUUCAGACCAACCACAUGGUCAGCCUCAGGAUACCAGCCCCAGAGCCGCUGCCCACGAACUGCCUGUUCUUGUUCAGCCUGAGAUGAAAGGAGAGGAGUGCAAAGCAGAACCAUCAGAUUCCACCCACCAGGACAACGCAGAAGCAAGCCCUGGAAAUUCAGAUCAGCCGCCUCGUCUGCCAUUGGAUACCAGUUCUGACACCGCCCUCCCACAACUGGCUGCCUCUGAGCAGGGAGGCUUCGGCUUGGUUUGGGAGCUGAGAUUGUUGAAAACCGUGCCGCUGCUGGCAUGGCCGCGUUGCAGCGCUCGUUACUGGGAAUCUGAACCAUUCUCUGCUCCUUUUUUCGAGAGCACGCAAAUUGCGUGCCAUAUUUUUAUAGAAGGUAACCAUUCUCUGCUCCUACUUGGUCGUGCUCCAGAGUUGGCUGCAGGCAUUCCACGGUACGGCGGCUUCCCGGUGGCCUAG